AUGUUUUGUGUGUGGGUUUUUUGCAGGGACACUUUCAGAGACGAUCUGUUGACUAUUCUCCAAAACAGCAGGUUUGUUCCACUAUAUGCUCUACAACAUUUUCAGUGAAGAAAGCUGGAAAAUUGCUGCUAAACUAAAACUUUUCUUGUUCUGCCCGACUAAACAGAAAUACAUGUACGGGUAUUCCAUAAAAACAAGAAAAACUUUUUUUAGAUGUUGCAAUUUGGAUCUUCAUAAGGAAACUAACAAAAACGUGUGCUGUCGCUUUCUCUUUUUUAAUGGUUCUUUUGAUGUGCCUUGGUUUUUUUUUCAUUCUUGAUUCCAGUUAAAAUCACUAAUGAAUAAUCAGAAAAGUGCAGCUACCGAUCAACAUGGAAUAAAUUGUAACACAACCAAUGUUGUAUCAACAUGUGGAGAUUCAUCAGUAAUUGAUUUAAAACUGAGUUUCAAAAUCGCAAUUUUGUACGUAAAUUUCGCGGGAAAUCCGUAUUUCGGGUCAGGCAGAAGAAAAAAAGGUUUUAAUUAACCGCCCACCAAACGUGUUUUUUUCGUAAUUAGCAUUUUUCUGGCUUUCUUCCCUGAAAAUUUGCUGAAAUGACAUUUAAUUAAGAGUGUAGUUGCACAAUUCAGUGUCCAUUGUGUGAUGUAACCUUAAUACAUAAUUUCCACCCCUCCCGAACGUGCGCGCUUGGAAAGAUUGUGCUCUUAUUUCUGCUAUACAAUUGUUGUUUUUCAGGUCCGACUUUGUGUACGACUUGGUUGAAAAUAUGAAACCAACACCUGGAGCUAAUAGUAAAUCAGCCAAAAGGAGACCAACUGUUAGUUCUCAGUUCCGGGUAAGUCAACUGUUCUGUGUUUUGGGCGUUUUGUUUUUGAGUUAACUAGUGUUUGAUUUGCAAUAUAAUAGAAUUUAUUGUAUUCAUGCAUAUACAUACAUACAUUUGUCAUCUCAGUCUCCAUUGGGGCUUUUUAGUAACCGAUUACAUCAAGUAUUGCGCUGACUUAUGUUACUAUACGUAACCUGGACUAUACGUACCAACCUUGUCAAUUUUCCCUGUUGGAGGAAACCGGAGCGCCCGGAGAAACCCCACUAUGGUUCUUUAAGGACAUCGUUUAUUAGUCGCAUUCAGUAGUCGCAAAAUAUUCAUCAAACAAUCCCGUCGGAGGUGCCAGUAAUGUGGGGAAAUGGAGUUCAAACCUUUCAGAAGUCCCACACGUCCAAAAAUAAAAGUACAAUUAACGAUAACAAUUAAGGUCACUUUUUCACAAUCGUUUCGAUAUAUAAAUUACCGUGUCUCACCGAGUGUAUAGCACAACACAAGAAACAAGCCCACAUAAUUUGUGUGUUAUUGUCAUGCUGCACUGAACACCUGAUUAUUAUGCCAAUCAUAAUUGUCUAUAUUCGUUUGUAAUGAAAUAUCCCUAAUUAAUAAAAAAUUUACUGUAAUUGAGUUUGUGCUAAAUAAUAAUAAGGUCAUGCAGUUUCCGACAUGGAUAGGAAUGUCAUGCACACAUAGAUUUACAUUUUUGACAAUUAUAUUUACUUUAAUUUUUUGUCGUCAUUCAGACUUCACUGACAUCAUUGAUGACAACUCUGAGUCAAGCUCAUCCUUAUUUUGUGAGAUGUAUCAAACCCAAUGGAUCCAAGGUUUGUUUGUGGUGUAUGGUGUAUUAUAUAUAGGAUAAGAUAUAUAGGUGAAUAUACCCGUCUCGAUAUGAUCAUUAUUCACAGUGCUAGGGUUGGCCGAUAUUUAAAAAAAUUAUAUCACGAUUAUCGUCUUGGAAAUUAUGACGAUAUUCGAUAAUAUCGCGAUACAUGCCAUAAAAACAAAGGUCACAGUUUCAAUUUUCCAAUACGAAUUAGGUAAUUUUUCAAUUGUAUACAAUAUACACUUAAUUUCUGCUCCUGAAGGAAAGUAUGUUGUUUUCCCUAGAGUUUGAACGCUUACCGUGACGAGGUGGGUGGGGGAACAUUGAGAUUCGAGGGAAAACAAAAGAAACGAUUUUCCGUGGCAGUAUAGAGAGAGAUUAAAUUUUGUGAAACAUAGCAACAGGUCAUGCUGUAUGAAAAUUCGUAAUGAUUUGCAUUGCAUUAUAUCACGAUAAUCGUGAUAUAAUUAACCUAUUUAAAUGCAGAUUUAUUAGCAUAGCAUGACAAAUUGUACCCUGAGAGCAGAGCUUGAUCUCCCCUCGCGUAGAAAAUAAGGCUCUGCUGUUUUUGUGUUUAAUUUCUGUUGAGCAUGCUCUGUUUCCAAUAUUAUGCCAAAACAUGUCAAAGAUCACUUGUAUUUUUAGAAUGACUGCUAAAUUUAGAGAACCAAUCGCAUGCAGUUAUCCCUACAUGCUGGGCGCGUGCAACUGCACAUGCUGUACAAUUACGACAAUACAAAUAAUACAAAAACAUUUUCAAAUCGAUGACUUUGUCACUUGUCAGUUGUGAAAUCAAACUAUUACUAUAUUUUUACAAUUGCUAACUUGCCAGUUUAUUUUAUCCUACGUUACUUUUCAGUAUAUUUAAGUUAUUGUCAGCCAAAUUUCGGUUAUAAAGUAUAAAGUUUUAAAUUUUGUAAAUCUAUAGCGUGCUCAAAUUGUAGUCAUCGGUUUACAUGCAAAACGAAGGCGCGCGCAUUUAAAACCGGUUAGAACUGGUUUAUUACCGGUUUACUUCGUCCAGAAUUUUGGACGAACAAAAACACAAAAACGGCAGAGCCUUAUUUUCUACGCGAGGAGAAAUCAGGCUCUGCUAUCAGGGUAGACUAAUUGCCAUGCUACUGUAAGUUCGCCACUGAAAAAUAAACAACAUUCACAAAACAACUACAUUUCACAACUAAAACUCUUUAACAAUAUAAAUGAUCUUAACAAUAAGAGAACCGGUUAUAGAGCUGCUUUAGUAGGAUCUCUGUUUCCUGCAUGUCUCGCUUAGAUUCUGUAAAGCUAGUUCUGAAAAGUUAAUGAGUACGAUUUUUUCAAAAUUGUAUGUAGUACUGUACAUAUUCUCAAAUUACAUUAAAUUAAAAAGGAUCAUUGAAAAAGCUACACUGUCCCUAUAGAUUGUUGAUUAAUGCCAUUCUUUUAAGCUUCCUGAUAAAUUUGAUCCAAAACUGGUUCUCGAUCAGUUGAGGUAUUCGGGUAUGUUGGAAACAGUAAGAAUAAGACGAGCUGGAUUUCCUGUUCGUAUUCUGUACGCUGACUUCGCUUUUAGGUAAGUGACAUGUUGGGAUGACGUAUACUGCCAGUAUAAUACUUAGCCAUAAGACUUUGAUGGUGCCGGAGUACUCGUCAAUCACUAUAUUACAUUGUCAAGUUGACAUUUCAAGACGACAAGUGAACAUUUUGAAGAUACCAUGCAAGAUUUGUAUUCCAGGCAUUUUGUGAUUUGUUAAAGUGGUCCUUUUUUAAUAAUUUUCUUCAGUUACAAAGUAUUAAUGAGAGGAAAACCAAUCAGUGGUAAUCCAGAGCAAGAUGGUUCUCUCUUGCUGGACGAAAUUGAUCCAACCAGAAAGAAGUGGAAACUAGGAAAGACAAAGGUGAGACAGCACUAUAAUUUCUGUUUUGAGAUUUUUAUGAAAUUGCUCACCAGUACAGUGCUCUUUAAUUUAAAAUAUAGCCAUUUCAAGUGUUUCGAUCAGGUUUUUAGCGCUUCAAUAUUAUCUGUUCUUUUCUUGAUUGCUUAAUUUACUGUUUAAAUUCUUUUCUACAGUGUAUGUGUUCGUUAACAAAAUGAAAAAUCCUGACUUUUAUGAAAGUUAUAUUUGCGAGAAAUUUGAUAGUAUUUUCUCCGAAUGUUUAUUAUUAACGCUGUUUUUCUUAAAUGUAUUUUCUGUAUACCUUAUCACAUGUAAUUUCCAUGUACAUUAUUGGCAGGCCAGAUUCGCACUACAAAAGCUAAACCAGGAUCUUCCCUACUUAGGAGUGUAACAUACGUCUUAUCCUGUAUGAACACUGGUUAAUUGAAAACCUAUAAUCCAAAGUGCGGCUCAAAUUAACCAGUCAAACCGAAACAAAUAAACAAAACAAACAAACAAACAAACAAACAAACAAACAAACAAACAAACAAACAAACAAACAAACAAGCAAACAAAUACAAAAGGGGUUUCAUUAUUUUUCAAUUAUAGACGGGUUUUUUUAUGAGGUGAUUAGAGAAAGAUUCUUAUUUAGCCGUGUCUGCAAUAAGCAUAAAAAUGGAUUACAUUGCUAAACAUAUACUUUUGAUUCGAAAACACAUCAACUUUGAAAAUUCUGGUUUGUCCUUUUGUGUUUUUACCAAUGAUUUACUUUUCGUAUUUUUAACAAAUAAAACCACUUUCAGCAUCUCAAAUCAGGUAAUGCCAUCAAGUGUAAGGUGUUGUUCCCAUCUGGUAAAAUACUUUUCCUCACUUUUUACAGAUGUUCUUGAAGGACGAGCUGGAGAUUUUGCUGGACAAAAGACGAGACAAAGAAUUAAGAGAAGUUGCUAAAGUCAUCAAAAGAUGUAUUAUUGGUUACCUCGCUCGAAAACGGUUCUUGGAGAAACGCGCUGCUAUCAUGCUUAUACAGAAAGUUUACAAGG